GGCAUCAGCUUCCUUAGACCUUGAGUUACAGGCAGAUGUGAGCCACCCAAGUGUCCAGCAUGGAUGCUAGGAGCUACACUCAAGUCCUCUGGCGAUUGUGUUGUUACAAUUCUGCUUGCUGAAGAGGACAAAGUUGAAGAUGAUGCUAUUUUUUACUUGAUAUUUUCCGGUUCUACCCUCUAUCACUGCACAAGUACCCGGAAGGUCAGUUCUGAUACCUUGGAGACAAUUGCUCCUGGUCAUGACUGCUGUGAGACGGUGAAGGUGCUGCUCUGUGCUUCAAGAAGGGGCCUGCCCGUGUUUAUAGUAGCUGAAGAAGACUUCCAUUUUGUUCAGGAUGAGGCAUAUGAUGCUGCUCAGUUCCUGGCAACCAGUGCUGGCAAUCAGCAGGCUCUGAACUUCACUCGUUUCCUCGCUCGGUCAGGACCCCCUUCUGGAGAUGUCAAUUCUCUCGAUGAGAGGGUGGCACUGGCCUUCAGACACCUGAAACUGCCAGCAGAGUGGAACGUCUUAGGGGCAGAUCACACCUUGCAUGAUGAUGGCCCUCGGGAAACAUUGAUGCAUUUUGCUGUGAGACUGGGACUGUUGCGGUUGACAUGGUUCCUGUUACAGAAGCCAGGUGGCCGUGGCGCGCUCAGCAUCCACAACAAGGAAGGGGCAACACCCGUAAGCCUGGCAUUGGAACGAGGUUACCACAAACUCCACCAGCUUCUGACUGAGGAAAAUGCUGGUGAACCAGAUUCCUGGAGCAGUUUAUCCUAUGAAAUCCCCUAUGAAGACUGUUCAGUGAGGCACCAUCGAGAAUUGGACAUCUAUACAUUGACUUCUGAAUCUGAAUCACAUCAUGAACCCCAUGGCGACAGUUGUACUGGACAUAUUUUUAAACUUAUGAAUAUCCAACAGCAGCUAAUGAAAACAAACUUGAAGCAGAUGGACAAUAUUAUACCCGUAAUGGUGACAGCACAGGAUUCUUCUAGUGUGCCCAGCACACUAGAGAUAGAUGGCCAGCUCCUUUCCUGUGCACCAGAGCCUUCUGACCAGCAGCAGCUUUCUUCUGAAGAAACUAUGAGCACUCUAUGCUGCCGAGGCAGUCCUAUGAGGGAGGCUGAAAGUUCCUGUGAUCUGUCAAAUGUGGCUGAGGAAGAAAAUGUAGUCUGUUCUUACAAGAAAAAUAAAGAUGUGGGGAGGAAAGGGGAAGAGGAGGAGCCAGCAUCCGCUGUGGACUCCCGGUCUGCAUCUCAUCAAGACAGCUGCCUUCAGAGCAUAUCUGGCUGUGGAGUAAAGGGCACAGAAGGCCUUCCAUCUUGUGGAAACAGAAAUGAAGUAACUGGAACAAAAUAUUCUGGAGUGGCCACAUGUCAGCAGCCCCCGAGCAGUGGGGACAGUGUGCUGCAGGAAGUCAUGGCCACAGAGCCAAGUGCAUGCCAGCAUUCUUCUGGAAGGGAGCUACUCGACAGUUCUUCACCAGAUGCUGAUCCCCCAGAAAAUGCAGGGGACCUGGAACAUAGCUUAUUGAACCCAAGUGCUACCAUCCAGGUGAUUAAGCAUCAAGUAGAGGAAGGCACAAAGGAAAGAUUGGAGAACUCUGAUGUCAGCACGGCUGAGGUGUCUGGUGUUCAAGCUUUACAAGAACCUGUGGAGAAAGCCGAUACUACAAACCAUAUCUUUGCCACUAGUGCCCUGGGUGCCGACGUGCCUGCUGAGUCCUCGCCUGCAUUGAGUCCUGGAGAAAUCCCCACUGAGAAAACAGGAAAGGAAACUCAGGAGAGAAGCUGUGAGGAGAGGACGGAUGCUCCAAGUGACCAGAGCUCUCUGGUGUCUCCAGCUAGUGCAGAAGACAAGAUUUCAGGUGGACCAGAACCUGAUACUCCCCUAGCAGGCCCGUGUGAGACACCAUCACCCUUGGCUUUAAACUUUUCUGGACUAACACCAGAUGGGAUGCCAAACCAGACAUCAGAAUCUAAUUCAUGGCACACUCCAAGCCAAAACAGCCAGGCACUGCUUUGUUCUACAAAUGGGGCUGGCGAUUCUUGUGCUGAGUCUCCAUGUCAGCAGAACACAGUGACUCCUAGUGGUGAGUUGGUUGUAAAACAUGGCACUGGUAAAGGCAGCCUGCCUGACAGUGCAAUAAUACAGCCAAACACACAAGAUCCAUGCACUGCCCUCUGCCCAGAAGACCCACAAGCUGACACAGCCACUUCUGACAUUGUGAAAAGCACCCAGGAAUCUGUGGGGGUUUGUCCUCUCUGUGUUUUAGAUGCAAAGUGCCAGGGGAAAGAUUUGAAACAGGAUACAACUUUAACAAAUACGCUUGAGGAUGCUUCACAUUUGCCUCCAGUUGCCCCCCAAACUGAGAUUGAACCAGUGCCAGACCAGGUAACACCACCAGGCAGCAGUUUCUCUCUGGCAAGCAGUCCAGAGAGUGAAUCAGUAACCAAAAAUGACGCACUUUCUCUUGUCCCCUCCCAGAAAGAAAAAGGAACAGCAACUGCUCAGCUCCAUAGAACUAUAGCUUGUAGAGAUGGCCCAGAUGGAGGAGAAUCAAAUGAUCCCAGUAAGCUAGGAAACGGGGCUGCGGGCCUGUUUACAUCUCCUGCUGUAGAGCUUCAGCCCAGCAUGGGGAAUACCAGCCUUGUAGGCCUUGGUGGAGAACAGGAGGGCCCCGGGCCGACGACAGCACCUGAAGUUCUGAGCGACACUUCACGACAAAGUGUGGAUAAAGCUGCUUUGGUCUCCAGCUCUCUCCUGCCCGGGGAAGACGGCAGUCUGGUGGUUCCUGAAAGCUUGGCAACUCUGGGACAAGAUGGCAAGGAUAAAGCAAUGGGAUGUUCUUCCAUUAAAGAAGACACACAUUCUUCAGAAAUAUCCAGGGAAAACCAGAGGACACCACCUCCUGGGCUGGAGAUACCAAGAUUAUGUGAAAAACCUAUGUCAGCUGCCUGUGCACUGCAGCCCAGUAAAUCACCGGGCACACCCUCUGCUGAGCUGAAAACAGAAACUAAGCAUAACAAGGAAGUGGCCCCACAGGUCUCCCCACUGACUGAAGGUGGGGCUGCGAAGAGCCCGGUGCCACCAAAAGCAAAUCUAGCUGCAGAUUCAAAGCAGAAAGCCUCAGGUGCAGAGCAGAGCAGCUCAUCUCUGCUGCCAAGUCUGCCGCCAGAUGUAUCUGAAGCACUUCAUUGCAGUCUGCCUUGUGCAGUGGAUGUUGGUGUGAAUACUCAGUUCCAAGGGGAAACCAAUGCUAGUGAGGUCAGCAGAAAUGUGAUGGAGGAUGUUAAAGUGCCUAAUGCCUUAUCAGCUACUGCCGAGCCCUCAAGAAACAAUACAUCACACCAUGUCAAAGGCAGUCCAGUUUCAGAGUUGUUAACCCAAGAGAAGAAAGUGACUCCAAGUUUGCCAGAAGCUUUACUGGAAAAAGGUGUCACUGGUUCACAAGAAGUCAUAACCCCAGAGAUAGUACCACUUGAUUGCAAGAGAGAGAAACUGGAGGGAACAGACCUCAGCCAUGCCAUGAGUAACACUAAGGAGGUCCCAAAUGAUGAAGAAACGAUGCAGCCUCUUGCCAGGGACCGCCCCUCAGAGAUAGGACUCUCAGCUCUCAAUGACAGUGUCCUCCCUGCUGGCACGAGGCAAGUCAUACAGACCUCAGUCCAGCAAGAGGAAAGUAAUGCCACCUUUCUACUUGGAAUCCAAGCUGCGCAUGUGCCUAUGGGAGCAGACCCCAUAGCGGAGACUGCUACUCGUAUAGUUGAGGCCGUAAUCAAGCAAGUCAAGGCCUCCAACACACUGUUGACUAAAGGGGAAAUCAGUAAUCCGUCACUGUCCAUCUCAGAGACAGGGCAGCUGCAGAAUGUUUGUACAGAGAGUACAUGUACCUUCCUACCUGGGGAGACCCUGCAAAUGGAUAUUCGUGAAGAAACCUCUGGGAACUGUGUUGUUGAAACAGAGGAACCAGAGAAAAUUAUUUCACCUACCAAAAGGCCUGAGCCAGCACCAGAAAUGCCAGACACUAAAGCUGAAGAUGAAGUGGAUUCUCUGAGUAAGACCAGAGCUCCUUCUGAGGAGGAGGCUCUAGGAAAUGGAACUACCACACCCAAAAUGAAACAAGGCCCUGAGACCCAGGCGAUCAACCGAGAAAGCUGGUGUACCAUAGAGCCAUGCCCUGAAGCAACAUCUCUUUUGACUUCCAAACAGAGCUCAGAAUGUGAAAGCUUCUUAGAUGUUGGACUGAGCACGGAGUGUGCAUCAAAAGAAGGUGUGCUUCAGAGAGGGUCGGGGAGUGAUUCGGACCUCUUUCACUCACCCAGCGACGAAAUGGACAGCAUCAUCUUCUCAAAGCCUGAGGAAGAGCAGUUGCUUUGUGAUACCACAGGAUCCAGUUCCUCUACAGAUGACACAGCUUCGCUGGAUCGACAUUCUUCUCAUGGCAGUGAUGUGUCCCUUCCUCAGUCUUCAAAGUUAAAUAGGUCAAGAAAUCAUCAAAGCUCCAAUGGCUUUUUCAGCCAUGGAGUGGGACCUGAGAGUCGGGAGAGUGAGAGUGAGCCUGCUGGCUCUGGUGAAAUGGAAGAGGAGGAAAUGGACAGCAUCACUGAAGUGCCUGCAAAUUGCUCUUUUCUGAGGAGCUCCAUGCGAUCUCUUUCCCCUUUCCGGAGACACAGCUGGGGUCCUGGGAAGAAUGCAGCCAGCGAGGCAGAAAUGAACCAGCGCAGUUCAAUGCAAGUUCUUGGGGAUGUUGUCAGGAGACCUCCCAUUCAUAGGAGAAGUAUGAGCUGGUGUCCCUCUGGUGUGCAAUACUCGGCUGCUCUGAAUCCUGACUUUAAUUUCAGAAGUUUCAGCCUGGAAGGCUUGACAGGAGGAGCUGGUGUUGGAAAUAAGCCAUCCUCGUCUCUAGAAAUGAGCUCUGCAAACUCCAGUGAGCUCAGAAACCCUUUCAGUGGUGAGGAACAGAGAGACUCUCUGAUGUCACUUUCAGAAGAACAUCUGGAGCCAGACCAGAGACAGCAUCAUAGGAUGUUUGAUCAACAGACAUGUCACAGGUCUAAACAACAGGGAUUUAAUUACUGUACAUCAGCCAUUUCUUCUCCAUUGACAAAAUCCAUCUCAUUAAUGACAAUUAGUCAUCCUGGAUUGGACAAUGCACGGCCUUUCCACAGUACCAGUGCUAACCUGACUGAGAGUAUAACAGAAGAAAACUAUAAUUUCCUGCCACCAAGCCCCUCAAAAAAGGAUUUUGAAGGGAAGAGUGGGACGAAAGUUAGUCGAACCUUCAGCUACAUCAGGAAUAAAAUGUCCAGCAGCAAGAAGAGCAAAGAAAAGGAAAGGGAGAAAGAUAAAAUUAAGGAGAAAGAGAAAGAAUCUAAAGAGAAGGAGAAAGAUAAGAAGAAUCUUAAUGGGCACGCUUUCAGUCCCAUUCCUGUUGUGGGUCCCAUCAGCUGCAGCCAGUGCAUGAAGCCUUUCACCAACAAAGAUGCCUACACUUGUGCAAGUUGUAAUGCUUUUGUCCACAAAGGCUGCAGAGAAAAUCUAGCCUCCUGUGCAAAGGUCAAAAUGAAGCAGCCAAAAGGGAGCCUCCAGGCACAUGAUACAUCAUCGCUGCCCACAGUCAUCAUGAGAAACAAGUCUUCACAGCCCAAGGAGCGUCCUAGGUCUGCAGUCCUCUUGGCUGAUGAGGCUACUGCUGUACCAAUGUUUACUAACAGACGGUCCCAGCAGAGUGUCUCCCUCUCUAAAAGUGUUUCCAUACAGAACAUCACUGGAGUUGGCAAUGAUGAGAACAUGUCAAACACCUGGAAAUUUCUGUCUCAUUCAACAGACUCACUGAAUAAAAUAUGCAAGGUUAAUGAGUCAACAGAAUCACUUACUGAUGAGGGAGUAGGUACAGAUAUGAAUGAAGGACAACUAAUGGGAGACUUUGAAAGUGACUCUAAACAGCUAGAAGCGGAGUCCUGGAGCAGGACAGUGGACAGCAAGUUCCUUAAACAGCAGAAGAAAGAUGUGGUCAAGAGGCAGGAAGUGAUUUACGAGCUGAUGCAGACAGAGUUACAUCACAUCCGCACACUCAAGAUCAUGAGUGAUGUGUACAGCCGAGGGAUGAUGACAGACCUGCUCUUUGAGCAGCAGAUGGUGGAAAAGCUGUUCCCUUGUUUGGAUGAACUGAUCAGUAUCCACAGCCAGUUCUUUCAGAGAAUCCUGGAGCGGAAGAAGGAGUCUCUGGUGGAUAAAAGUGAAAAGAACUUUCUUGUCAAGAGGAUAGGGGAUGUGCUUGUCAAUCAGUUUUCAGGUGAGAAUGCAGAGCGCUUAAAGAAGACAUACGGCAAGUUCUGUGGACAGCACAACCAGUCUGUCAACUACUUCAAAGACCUCUACACAAAAGAUAAGCGUUUCCAAGCCUUUGUGAAGAAAAAGAUGAGCAGUUCAGUGGUAAGAAGGCUCGGAAUCCCCGAGUGCAUAUUACUUGUAACUCAGAGGAUCACCAAGUACCCAGUUUUAUUCCAGAGGAUACUGCAGUGUACCAAAGACAAUGAAGUGGAGCAGGAAGAACUGGCUCAGUCCCUGAGCCUGGUGAAGGAUGUGAUUGGAGCCGUGGACAGCAAAGUGGCAAGUUAUGAGAAGAAAGUACGUCUCGGUGAGAUUUACACCAAGACUGACAGCAAGUCGAUCAUGAGGAUGAAAAGUGGGCAGAUGUUCGCCAAGGAGGAUCUGAAACGGAAGAAGCUGGUGCGGGAUGGGAGUGUGUUUCUGAAGAGCGCAACAGGAAGGUUGAAAGAGGUUCAAGCGGUUCUCCUCACUGACAUUUUAGUUUUCCUUCAAGAAAAAGACCAGAAAUACGUAUUUGCAUCCUUGGACCAUAAGUCAACUGUGAUCUCCUUAAAGAAGCUGAUUGUAAGAGAAGUGGCACAUGAAGAAAAAGGUCUGUUCCUCAUCAGUAUGGGGGUGAACGAUCCAGAGAUGGUGGAGGUCCAUGCCAGCUCCAGAGAGGAGCGGAAUAGCUGGAUUCAUAUCAUUCAGGAUACAAUCAACUCCCUGAACAGAGAUGAAGAUGAAGGGAUUCCUAGUGAGAAUGAAGAAGAAAAGAAAUUGUUGGACAUGAAAGCUCGGGAGUUAAAAGAACAACUUCAACAGAAGGACCAGCAGAUCCUCCUCUUGCUGGAAGAGAAAGAGAUGAUUUUCCGGGACAUGACCGAGUGCAGCACUCCCUUGCCCGAGGAUUGCUCGCCAUUGCACAGCCCGAGAGUCCUCUUCCGCUCCAACACAGAGGAAGCUCUCAAAGGAGGACCACUGAUGAAAAGUGCAAUAAGUGAAGUGGAAAUCCUCCAGGGUUUGGUGAGUGGAAGCCUUGGUGGCACACUUGGACCGUCCAUCAGCAGCCCUGUCGAGCAGGAAGUCAUGGCUGGCCCCAUUUCCUUGCCCCGGAGAGCAGAGACCUUUGGAGGAUUUGACUGUCAUCAGAUGAAUGCUUCCAAAGGAGGUGAGAAAGAAGAGGGUGAUGAAGGCCAAGAUCUUAGGAGAACAGAGUCGGAUAGUGGUCUGAAAAAGGGUGGAAAUGCUAACCUGGUAUUUAUGCUUAAAAGAAACAGUGAGCAGGUUGUCCAGAGCAUCGUCCACCUCCACGAGCUCCUUAGCAUGCUGCAGGGUGUUGUGCUACAACAAGAUAGCUACAUUGAGGACCAGAAGCUGGUGCUGACAGAGAAGGUACUCACAAGGAGUACAUCCCGCCCCAGCUCUCUGAUUGAGCAGGAGAAGCAGCGGAGCCUGGAGAAGCAGCGCCAGGACCUGGCCAACCUGCAGAAGCAGCAGGCACAGCACCUGGAGGAAAAGCGCAGACGUGAGCGUGAGUGGGAGGCCCGGGAGCAGGAGCUAAGAGAACGAGAAGCCAAGCUGGCCGAAAGGGAAGAGACAGUCCGCCGUAGACAGCAGGACUUGGAGAGGGACCGCGAGGAGCUCCAACAGAAGAAGGGCGCUUAUCAGUGUGAUCUGGAGAGACUACGGGCUGCCCAGAAACAGCUGGAAAGAGAACAGGAGCAACUGAAGCGGGACACAGAGCGGCUCAGCCAGAGGCAGAUGGACCAGGACUUCUGCCAGGUCUCAAAUAAACAUACCAGGCUGAUGCGAGUCCCAUCCUUCUUGCCCAAUCCGGAUGAAUUCUCCUCGCCAUCUGCACCUUCCAUAACCAAAUCAGGGUCAUUGGACUCAGAACUUUCAGUGUCUCCUAAAAGGAACAGCAUCUCUCGGACACACAAAGAUAAGGGGCCUUUUCAUAUACUGAGUUCAACAGGCCAGACGAAAGUACCAGAGGGGCAGAGCCAGGCCCCGCCCAGCACCUCCACUUCCACCCGCCUUUUUGGGUUAGCUAAGCCAAAGGAAAAGAAAGAGAAGAAAAAGAAGAGCAAAGGAAGCCGCUCUCAGCCUGGUGAUGGUCCUGCUUCAGAAGUAUCAGCAGAGGGUGAAGAGAUCUUCUGUUGACCCGCCUCCUCUGCCAGGCCAGCCACCUUCCAACCCUGACCUGACGGCAGUGCUGCUGCGGCACUCCUGCCCCUUGUGCACAAGUCUCCUACACUGGACGCCCACUGCCCCUCAGCGUCCAGUCGUCCUGAGCUAUCCCAGGUCCUGGACAAGAGCAAGCGACACCUGCUUGUCGGGGUGAAGAAGGACACCUGAGCCGUGAUCCAUGACUGCCCAGGACUUGGGUGGGCCUGGCCUUACUCAGGGUAUUACACUGAAAGUAGUGACCCCAGAAGUAGGUAAUUGCUUGAGACACGUCAAGAUUCCCUAAAGGCUCAAAGAGGUUUUCCAAAUGAGGUCUGAAAGCCUGCAACCAGAAUCAAAGAGCAGAUAGUGUAGACUUUAUCUGUGUACACAGCCUUCCUUACACAUCAGCAUAGCUUAGGCCAAGAGCAAGCACCUGGCUGGCUGGUGGUGUGUGGGUAUACAGUAUUUCACCCUGUGGUCUCUGAGAUUGGGUCCCUUGAGACGGUCCUUAUGCAUACACCACCCUCUUCGUGUGUUUUCCUCAUUUUAUUGGAGGAAGAACAACAAAGUGUUUGUGAAGCCAGUACAAGGCCUGAUGUGUACGGAAAGCACAUAGUCUGAACCACCUGGAUCUCCAUGUGCUAGGCUGAACUAUCUGUCUCACUUCAUAUUCUAAUCAGGAAGGAACAUCCCAGACGCCUGUCCAAAUGCUCUGGGCACAGAGGAAGUAGACAGGACUCUUUCACCACUGUCCCCAGUAUGACACCUUCUAGUUGUUAUUGAACUCCCUGGGGGAAAGCAGGCACCCUGUGGGUGCUCCCAGCCACCUGCCCUGGUCUAGACUGUCCCCUGAGGCCUCUCCACACCCUGCUCUAGGAUUACUAACUGAAAGGUAGGUCCAGGUAUAGCAGUUAAGUCUGGCUGGUGGUUUCGCCAAUACAGACGGGAGCUGGCCCUGAAGCGUGGCUGGGUGCACUCUCUUGAGUCACAAGGCCUCCUCACAUUCGGUUUUCAGAUGCAGUUUGCUUGGUUGUGCUCUUACCCUUGAAGCUGUCAAGUGCCGCCUGUCUCUCUUCUCGCUAUCCAUCUCCAUGUGUUGUUCCAUGCGUGCUUGAGGCUUUCACCAGCUCGUGUGUGCAGGACAGUUCAUUGGUAAUGUACCCUCUACGGCUCACAUACCUGUCCCCCAGGGUACUCUCUGAGGGACGUGCUGAGGUCUGUGCUUCACACAUGGCCUUCAGUUCUAGUUUUGCCCUCCAAAGCACGGGCCUUCAAACGUAGUUGAGCAAAAACAAACCUGUAACUUGGUGCUUGUUGGUGACCUGCAAGCUGGACUUGCAGAUAUGGAUAUUUAUCUUUCAGUUUACUUGAAAGAAUUCUGAUUUAAAUUUUUUAGCCUAAAUUUUGUUUUAUUUAUUUUGUGUUUGUGUUUUGUUUUAUUUUAUUUUGAAAGUGAACCAGUACUGGCCCAGCAGUUUGAACCAUCUUUUCCAUACAGAGAAUGAAGUGUGUGUCCAAGUGCAUGAAGGUCCCAAGGGAAACCCAAGGGUCGAGAUGGGAGCUGUACCCUUCCCUCCCCUGCCCGUUUUUUUCAUAGGGAAUGUGUAUGUUCAUCUUUCUUUGGAGAUGUUAAAAGUGCCUGUUGGCUAUCUUGCCUCUUUUUUUUUAUAAAGCCGAUUUGGCUCUUUAAAGUCAGAUUUUUUUCCUACUAAAACUAUGAUAUACUUCCCUCCAGAACCUUAACAGUAAGAAGCUAGCUGCUUCCUUCUCCCAGUCCAGACUGCUGUCAUGAGCCUGCCAUGCCUCAGAUCCCCCACAGGGUUUGACUGGCAGUCCUUGUCCCUGCCUCUGAAUAGCUCCUCAGGGAAGUUGUACCCUUCCACAGUGGAGCUUGUCUGCUAGGAGGAAAAGGGCCUGACCACCAUCUAGACUUGACAGAAAAUCAAACCAAACCCUGCCCUCUCUCUUCCCUGUGCAGAGGGAAGCCAGUGACUGUCCUCCAGGGUCACUCUGACUACCCGGUGAGUGAGCCCUGCCCUCAAGUGUCUUCUACUGCCAACCAGUUGCGUUUUGCUUGCUUCGGUUGUUUUAAAAACCAGUUUCACUUCUACCCACACUCCCCCGCAAAAAUGGUCAGUGACAGUUGAAAGAAGUUCAGGUCAAAAGAAAGCCAUCCUGAGUUCCCCUAAGCUGCCAACUUCCUCCAGGAAGAGAGCCAUUUGCCAAGAACUGUUUCACCUGCUCGCACCAUCUGGCCCCCUCAGAAGUCUGUUGCACUUUGGGAAUUGCUGCUUGUGCUCUUGCUUAGGACCCUGAAGAUUGCCAUAGCUGAGUCCAUAGCCUUAUGUGGGAUUCUCAAAGAGAAGGGUACUUUUCUAAGGACAGGAUUGUGUCCUGUCCUAUUGCCUAUACUAGGAAAUCAUGUUUCUACAUCAAGCUGAAGAAAACACUGCUUUGGGGGACGGGUGUAAAUUGGCCUCAGCAUUGUGGAAUCCAGUGAACUUCCUAGAAGAGUGUCUCUUCUCUCAAAAAUUAAAAUCAUCUCAGUAGUUGUCGUCCCAUCUGGGUGACAUGUGCACUUUAAAUGACCUCUCAUCAGCUGGCUUCAUUUUUGAGACAAUCAAACCUGUUGACUGUUUUCUUAGAAGAUGGAGAGGGUUGAGAUAAAAGCAUACCAGCAUGCCCCCACCCCCACGAGAGUCACUGGCAGGGAAGCCCUCACCCAGAUUGAUUUUUCAAAAGGUACGAACUGAAUCUUCUGAGGGUUACACCACUAAGGCUGCCUUUGCUAGUCCCCCACAUUGGUUUUCUUCACAGCCUCGUACCAGCAGUAAGCAUGAAUGUCUCUUUGGGGUGAUGUUAGUGUACACAGGCUUAGAAAGGACAGAACCUUGGUCUGCAGGCCAGAGCUUGCCCAGAGUCGCUCUCCAUACAAGUCUUUAAUGUUUCCUUCUGUCCCUGAGGCUCUCUUGCCAAGGCUUUUUGUAUCUCAUGGGACUUGACUCUGACCUGUGCCCAGAAGACAACCCUGGAGAGUGGGCUUCCAUGCCUGGACAGCUAACAUGGAUGCCUUUGGGUGAAGCAGUGAUCCAGGCCAUCCCUGCAGAGACCAAGGGCAUAGUGUGGCUCCUUGUUUUCUCUCUUGUAGCAUAACAUUCCUAGUUAACCAGGGCUUUGGAGUCUGUUGCCUGCUGGCCAGGUUUAGAAAUGCAAAGUAUUCUAAUGCUGCCAUAAAAGGGGGAGAGGUGGCAGCAGAGGCCUUUUCCUGCACGCUCCGCUCGUGAUUUAAUUUGUCAAAAGAUUGACAGAUAGGUCCUGAGUUACUUCUCCAUCUCACUAAGGUGUAAAAGUGGGUGGCCCCCACUGCUUCAGGUGUGCCCUGCUUUGAAACCAGGCAGGUGCCACUGCCACAGACCCCAGAGGGCCUCUGCAGGAAGCACAGAACCUAUGCCUUAGACCCUCUAGCAUCAGCUGCCCUGCCUUGGUUGCCUCCUGUUGGGAUGGACCUACCCAGCUGGUUUGUCUCAGGUUUCCUCCUGAGGCCUGGGCUCCACACAAGGUGGGCAGGAUACACCUAUACCUCUGUUUUUGUUAAGUCGUCUCCAAGUGCUGUAUGGACAUUUCUGUACUAAGCCCUAUUAAAUAAAUGUUGGGUUAAACCCAAGCGCUGUAUAGUAAUUUGUAAUUAUGUAUAAAAGUGAAACAGUUUUGAACUGUAAAGAUUUUCAAUGUGUUUUCUGGAAAUUUGCCACAACGUACUGGCUUUGUAUUUUAUUUAUCAUCCUUUGUAGUUACUGGCUUCAGACUCUUGUAAAGUCCCCCUCAGACCUUUCAAAAAUAAUAAAUUUCUUUUAAAAUCUUCA